CGUUCAAAGUGGGUUGUCCACCACAACCGCGGAAACACCGCAUUUCCCGCAGAAGAGAAUUUCGCUUCUUCUUCUCUACCUAGCCUUCCCACAGAGAGAGGGCGAGAAAGAGAGAGAGAGAGAGAGAGAGAGAGGGUUGGAGCAUCGAAGGAAGGAAAGAAAGGAAUAUGGGUGCGUUGGAUGUGAGCUCGGUGAGGGCCAAAACUAUGGGGGAGAAGGAAACUCCUUCGCUGGCGCAGCAACAGAAGCAUCACGAGGAGGAAGAAGCGUCGAAGGCGGCUGCACCCAAGAAGAAGAUAUGCUGCGCCUGCCCGGACACGAAGCGGCUCAGAGACGAGUGCAUCGUCCAGCACGGGGAGGCGGCUUGCUCCAAAUGGAUUCGAGCCCAUCUCGAAUGCCUGCGUGCCGAGGGCUUCAAGCUAGGAAGUGGUUGAGCAGCUGCCCUUCUCAUGCGUGAUUAUUGUUUAAAGAUACUAAAAAAGGAAUGGGCAUGAGCAGCACAGUUUUGUUUAUGUUUCGACUGCAAUAACGUGUAGAAACUAAUACUAGAGCACAAGUCUUGUUUCACGAGCAAUAAUGGUGUGUACAAACUGAUAUCAGCACAUCGCACAUUCUUUUACGCGGCCAACUCAUAGUCGGCUUUUGUAUGGCAAUUUUCUGUAGCAUACUGGUUUCGCAAUUUUCUGAGGGGCAAGACUUCCAAAGAUAUUCUAAAAACCUUAAGAUC